GAGCACUUGAAUUAAACAGUCAGCAUAGAAAGUAUAAUGAAGAAAAACUACAUUGCAAUAAUUUUCUAUCUAUUAUGCUUAACUGCAUUUGGAAUUUGUCAAGAAUGUACAACGUCUGAUAAUAGAAAAGGUUUGUGUAAUUAUGAAGCUGAGUGUUCUACAAAUUACAACCCCGAUGGAUACGGUUGUGGAGUCUACUACGGGUAUCAAUUGAUAUGCUGUCCAUGGCAAACGACACAAACUCCAUCACAACCAGCAACCUUCUCAUUAAGAUCAUCAUCAGUCAAGUUACCCCAACCUGGAGAGUGUGGAACUCAAUUGGCAUAUCGUAUUUUUGGUGGUGAAGAGGCAUUAAUCGAUGAACACCCGUGGAUGGCGUUAAUUGAACACACAAAACCCGAAAAUGGCCGUAGAGACUUCCAUUGUGCUGGCUCUAUAAUCAAUGAGAACUAUGUUUUAACAGCCGCACAUUGCAUCAAAAACCUGCGAAAAAAUUUGAACGUUACAGGCGUACGACUUGGUGAGUUUGAUUUAAGAACUGACCCAGAUUCUGUAGAUGCUUUCGACGAAAAUGUCGAACAAACAAAAGCGGAUCCAGUUCAAAAUAUCCGCGUUGUGGAACAUAUUAUACAUGAAGACUAUAAUCUAUAUACUCUACAAAAUGAUAUUGCUUUGCUUCGUUUGGAACAUCCGGCUAGAACUACGGAUUUUAUAAGACCAGUUUGUUUACCAUCGAAUGCCAAUAAUCAUAGUUUUCAUGAUGGUGAAAUAAUGGAAAUUUGUGGUUGGGGACGAACGGAGGAUAGGGCAUACAGUCCUAUUAAAAUGAGGGCUGAAGUUGAUGCCGUUUCACUUGAUACUUGCAGUAAAAAAUAUCAAGAAUCGUCCCAAAUUUCUCCUCUAACAAACAAACAAAUAUGUGCUGGAGGUCAUGGCGGAGUUGACACAUGUAAAGGAGAUUCAGGUGGUCCAUUAUUGAUAAAACGUAGAAAUGGUAACGGAGUAUAUUACUACUUGGUGGGCAUUGUUUCCCUUGGACCAGCCGAAUGUGGACAAGAUGGAUGGCCAGGUGUUUAUACAGUAAGUUUGCGUGUCGACGAAUAUAUGCCGUGGAUCCGAUCUAAAAUUAGAGCUUGAAAAUCUACGAUGAUAAAAUGAUAAUGAUACAAAAAAAAAUUUGAAAUUAAAACACAGUU